GGGAGGGGGAAGGAAGGUGACCAAAGGCGCAGUCGAAAAGAAAAGUCAGUAAAGACUAGACUAAUCAAAUCAAUUGUUCUGAGUUUUCUAAAUUCACGCUGUUCAUUAGCUAUAAAUGAGUAUUUGGAGAGGACUUUGAUUGCUGUAAAUUCAGCUAAGUCUGCAAGAUUCAGUAAUGUAGAAAUCGUGCAAUUUACAUCAAUAUAAUCUUACAUAUCUCAGGGUGGGGGGCUGGGGGACAAGAAGCAGGAAUCAUUUGGACGUGAUGCCAAGAGGUUUAAAGUAACAGUUGGUUUAAAAACUGCACCCAAUUAUAUUUUUUACUCAAAUUAAUGUUAGGCAUUGUCGUAAGUUUUGUCAUUCCUGGCAUCUGUUCACUGCAGCAGGAAUUCAAUCAGUAGGGGCUCUGUCGCUGUGCAGUAUCUGUGCUCAAUUAAACACGACACUGUAUAAUCCUUGGAUAUCCUUUUCAGUGUAAUAAACCUUCAUUUAUGCCUGUUCUCAGAGUAUAAUUGUGAGACUCUCCCUUCCAUAGAAAUGAGCUGAACAGCUGUUUAAAAAGAGAAGUUAACAUGAUUGAAAUGGCACUCACAGAGAAAUGAAAUCAGAGCUAUUCACAGGCAGCCCUGAAACAUGCUGAUGAUGUAGAAGCAUUGAAGGGUCAGUAUGUGCUGGUGUGGAUUGCAGGCUGCUUUAGCUUGUGCGCUUGGCUCAAAUGAUAUUUCUUAGAUGGGCUUGGUGCACAUUUUUCUUCCUGACAUUUCUUGUCUUGAAGUCAUAGUUGUGUGUCCUAGAGUGCAACUGAAAGGCAGGCUGUCAUUUCAGCGUCUCUCUCAUUGCUGUUGCUGGUUCAGGUUAGAUCUGAUGCUAGACAAUCCUAUAGCACUUCUGCUUUUUUGAUUAUUCUACAUUAGAAUGAAAUACCAUUGACAAUUGUUGAGAUACAAGUGACAUUGCUGGACCAUUAAAGCUGAAACAUUUUGAUGUGCUCUUCAAUAUGACUUUAUAUCUCGAGACUUGUGUGAGGGUGAGCAGAUAGACGUGAUUCUCUUUUGAGUGUGAACAGAUAGACAUGAGAAACUUGUGAAUGUGACCAGAUGGAUACAAGCUGCAAGGGUUAUUAAUUUAUUAGCUGAAAGAAUUAUGAGCAUGAAGAGAUAGAUCUGUGAGGUUUAUGAGUGUGAACAGAUAGACCAGACAGAUUGGUGAGUGUGAACAGGUAGACUGGGCAGACUAUGUGUGAGACUGCAUAGAGCAUUUUGAGAUGCUGACACCCCAAACCUUGCCCAUGUAUAAGCUUGGACAAUAACUGCAGGCCUCAUCGGUCACAUUUGAUUUGUGCUCUAUACAAGUAAACACUUAAUCAGAUCAGAAGUUGUUGUGAGCAGCAAACCUCAUUGAGUUUCCCUCCCAGGCCCGGGUUGUGCUGCUCUGUAUCUGCUGCAUUAACAAUGGAGCUCUUUAAUCCAUUGCUGGAACCUUUAGAUUUUUGGAUGUUAGACUAUUGAGUUGUCAAUGAGCUGCAGGUUCCAGUAAAAUAUCCUGACAGCACUGACUAAAUGUACAAUGGAAUAUGGCAACCCAGUUUCUGUUUUUGAAGAGUGAGAAAUAUUUAACAAUUGAAACCUCCUCUGUGAAGCAUGUCUGAGCAGUGUUGUCGGGCAGCUUGUGCUGGGUUUGAUUCUCUCACCGGAGGGUAAGCAGGAGCUGUUGAACAGAAUGAUAAUUGCAGGUAGUUUGAGGAGAUACGUUCAGGCGAGUAGCGAGCAGCCUCUGCUAGUUUGGGUCCUGAUGCAGCUGUCACAGUGGCGGAGUGCCAGAGAUCACAUCCUGAGCAGCUUCCUUGCCUGUAGCAGGAGCACAAAUAAAAUGCAUUAAACCUGACUAUAGGCUUAGCCCCUCCUGGUAUUAGUUGUGUUUGUUUAAUGUAAACAGACUAAGUGUGUACUCCUCGGUUGAAUAUAGCAAUGACUGCUUCAACAGAGGUUUGCCAGGUGAAUGAAGGGGAUAACCCAUCUCACAGUGUGGCUCUUUGCAGUGAGUAUGAAAUGUCUUCAUUCAAAUUGGAUUUCCUGCCUGAGAUGCUGGUGGAUCACUGCUCACUGAGCUCCAGCCCAGUAUCAAAAAAAAUGAAUGGGACUCUGGAUCACCCCGACCAGCCUGACAUUGACUCCAUUAAGAUGUUUGUAGGACAGAUUCCACGUUCCUGGUCAGAGAAAGAAUUGAAAGAACUUUUUGAGCAGUAUGGCGCUGUGUACGAAAUCAACGUGCUGCGAGAUCGAAGUCAGAAUCCCCCUCAAAGUAAAGGUUGUUGUUUUGUAACAUUUUAUACCCGUAAAGCGGCGUUAGAAGCACAAAAUGCUCUUCACAACAUGAAGAUACUGCCUGGGAUGCAUCACCCUAUCCAGAUGAAGCCAGCAGACAGUGAGAAGAACAAUGCCGUGGAAGACAGAAAGCUCUUUGUUGGAAUGAUUUCCAAAAAAUGCAAUGAGAACGAUGUUCGAGUUAUGUUUUCACCAUUUGGACAGAUUGAAGAAUGUCGGAUAUUGCGAGGGCCAGACGGGCUAAGUCGAGGUUGUGCCUUUAUAACAUUUGCCACACGAUCAAUGGCACAGAAUGCGAUCAAGUCAAUGCACCAGUCGCAGACGCUGGAGGUGGGUGCCUCGACUGCUGAACAG